UAACAAUGGUUAUGUAAUGCAGUAUACUUGGUCAUAUGGUGGCUGGGAUUUCUACAAAACAAAAUUUCUUCCUCAUUUAAAAAUGGGUGCAGAGGAUUUUAUUGACCUCGGCACAAGUAGUGGUUCUAGCAGUGGCAGUGAAAAAAAUGAAUUGCAUGAUUCCAACGGUCAACCAAGUGAAGCUGAUUUCCUUAUUAAAGUGGACACUGUUAACGGGGAGAACUCGGGGCAAGUUGAGGCUGAUGGUGGCAAAGAAUAUGGGCAACCUGAAGAAGAUAUGGACUUAGGAACUCCUGAUUUGCAAGAGAAAGGGGAGUUGACUGAAGCCGUUGUUGUCGCUGAGAUGACUAGAGUUGAAGUAUAUUGUGAAAAUGGUUUUGCCCAAAAUGUCAAUACCAUUGGCAGCCAUAGAAUAGACGAUAACUCUAUAUGUGGUGUUAAGAGAGCUCGAUUGACAUGUGACGACCAGCAACCAUCGGUGCAUGUCAUGUAUAAAUCUUUAACAAGAGACAGCAAAAGGAAGCUUGAGGAACUGUUACAGAAGUGGUCAGAGUGGCAUGCUCAGCAUUACUCUUCCUCCAAUGACAUGAAUGAUGCGUUGGAAUCUGGUGAAGAGACAUACUUUCCAGCAAUAAAUGUUGGUGCAGAGAAAUCUUCCAUAGUGUCUUUUCGGAUUGACAACCAAGCAAGGAAACAGCAAAGAAAGGAGUUCAUGCCAUUGGAUGGUGACACUGUACCUCUUUAUGAUCGUGGAUAUGCACUGCUUUUGACUUCUACAGAUGGUUCAACUAACUUAGAGAGUGGGCUGGAAACAUUUGAGGCCCCACGUUGUUUCAAUUGUGGUUCCUACAAUCACUCUAUGAAGGAGUGCUCAAAGCCUCGUGACAAUGAUGCCGUCAAUAGUGCUCGCCAGAAGCACAACUCCAAACGGAACCAAACUAGUGGUCCUCGUCAGGCGACCCGGUAUUAUCAAGAUACUCCAGGUGGGAAGUAUGAUGGUCUGAGACCAGGUGCUCUCAGUGCUUCAGCAAGAGAAGCUAUGGGUAUUGGGGAGUUUGAUCCACCUCCAUGGCUGUUCAGAAUGCGUGAAAUGGGUUAUCCACCAGGAUAUCUUGAUCCAGUAGAUGAUGAUAAGUCAUCAGGGAUUAAAAUAUAUGCUGAUGAGGAAAUCAAAAUAUAUGCUGAUGAGGAAAGUAAGCUAGAACAGGAGGAUGGAGAAAUCCUUGAAAGACAGGAUCCGGAGCCAAUUGCACCACAGGUAAAGUUGGAGAAGACUGUCGAAUUUCCAGGAAUAAACGCACCAAUACCAGUGAAUGCAGAUGAACAGCGUUGGGCAGGUCCCCCAGGGGGUUCAAGUCUUGAUUUUUCUAGGAACCGAUUGCACCAAAGGUCAAAUCGUUCAUCACAUGGCUUUAGAAAAGGGCAGUACCAUGAUCAAGGGUGGUCCAGGGACCAUCGAGAUGAUGGCCCCCCUGGCUGUGACAGUCCCUCCAUAUCUGGUAGCACAAGUGAGUCUCAGAACCCCGGAGGUAUUCCAAUACCAAGAAGUCCAACUUUAGGAAGGUCUCUGUCCGACAGAGGGAGGAGCCCUUUGAUCCAUGAAGGUUCCCCUAAUCACAGUCCUUAUAGUUCUUUGGCGUAUUCAUCCCCCAAUCCAGUGUUGUCACCGCAGAAUUACAGCUCACCUCCUUUUGAGAGUAGGAACUAUGAAAGUCAAUACUCCAGCUAUAAUUCAUCUUCACAUAGGAGGGAAAGGUAUAAUCGUCAUCAUCAAAAUUAUCGGUAAUGAAAUCACAUACCUGUUUUAUUUCACCCUAUGUAGAGUCAACUGCAGAUGUAAUUUGUAGUUCAUUUGUAGGAGAUCUCAUUGUUAAGCACUGAAUUUGGAUUGUUUAUUGAUACAAAAUCAGAAUGUAAAAGUCAUCUCUGUACUGAUCAAAGAUGAGCUUGUAACUUAUGUUCUUCUUUCAUGAAUUCAGGAACUCUCAUUUCAAAUUAAGUAUUUGUGGAUAAAUAUUGUAAACAAUAGUUGUCAAAUUGAGAAGGCAACCCUGAUCU